AUCUUCUAAAGAGAAGACAAGAUGAAUAUCAGAUGUGCAAAAACCGAGGAUUUGAUAAAUAUGCAACAUUGUAAUCUUCUCUGCUUACCAGAGAACUAUCAGAUGAAGUACUACAUGUACCAUGGACUAAGCUGGCCCCAGCUCUCCUAUGUAGCAGAAGAUGAGAAAGGAAAAAUUGUUGGAUAUGUUCUUGCAAAGGUAAUCUGCAAAGGUUUAGACGAUAUGUUCUUGCAAAGAUUGGGUUUGGCACAAAAGUUAAUGGACCAAACAGCUGCUGCAAUGGUGGAAGCAUUUAAUGCCAAGUAUGUAUCUCUGCAUGUGAGAGUGAGUAAUAGAGCAGCAUUAAAUCUCUAUACACAAGCUUUAAAGUUUCAGAUUUACGAGAUUGAGCCUAAAUAUUACGCAGAUGGAGAGGAUGCGUACGCAAUGAAAAGGGAUCUAGUACAGUGGGCUAAACAAGAGGAUAUUACUCCCGCCGACGCUGACAGUUUUUUCAAGGGUGUUGUAGCGGCCUGAACACCUUGAAGUAUGCAGCUGUCUGCCCUGUUAACUGCAUCAUUUUUUAAAAUAUACAUUUCUUUCAA